GCCACACCCAAAACUGCAACUUCCUCUAUGAAUUUUACACACAACGCAUGGAACACACAUAAAAGAGAAAUCGCUGGAUCCAAGGGAUCCAUCGAUCUGAAUCGAGGAGGAGGGAUUCACGAAGAUGUUGGGAGCCAUCGCCAUUCCUUAGAGAAUGUAGUACGAGAACAGUUUGCUGAUCCUCAGGAAGCGAGAGACCAGAAGAAAUAUGACAAGGCAAGAAAUCUUGCGACGUAUUUGGGGAAAAUACGGGAACAGUACCGGAUGGAUUUUAAAUCAGAUGAGGAUAAGAUCAGACAGAGGGCAGUAGCCCUAUACUUUAUUGACAUUCUUGGUAUUAGGGUUGGAAACAGGAAAAAGGAAGGAGAUACCUCAGAGACGGCUGGUUGUUGUUCUCUGAGAAAGAAACACCUAAAACUCUAUGGAGAGAAGAACAACCACAUGGUAGAGUUUGACUUCCUUGGUAAGGGCUCCAUCCGAUACUCUAACAAAAUUUCGGUAGACGAGAUUGUCUACUCGAAUCUGCAGCGCUUCCUGAAGAACAAGUCUGAUGAAGGAUAUGUAUUUGACCUUCUCCGUACCACUCAUUUGAAUACAUACCUGAAGACUUUUAUGGAUGGACUAACAGCCAAAGUUUUUCGCACGUACCAUGCUUGUCGAAAAAUGCAACAAGAGCUCGACAACUUUAUUUGUGCAAAAAAGCACCAGUCCUACAAAAUAUCGUACUGCAAGGAUUCAAUCAAGUCUGUCGCCAUAUUUUUAAAUCAUCAGCAAGCAGUCACUAAAAAGGGAGGUAAUAAGGAAUUUGAAACUUCUUUGACAAGCGCAAAGCUCUACUACAUUGACCCAAGAAUUGUGGUUGGAUGGUGUACCAAAUGGUGUGUGCCCAUAGAAAAGAUCUACAGCACUUCUCAGCGAGGAAAGCUGUUAUGGGCAAUGACAGCGGAGGCGGAUUAUGAUUUUCUAGAGCAUGCAAUAUAAGCUGUAUUUCUACGUAGAAUUUGUUUGUAAUUGAAUGUUUUAAUGACAAAUAUAUCAUACAAUGUACCUUAUAAACCUAUUUCCCCCCC